AUGGUGAAAGAAAUUCGUGAAAUAGCUGCAACAGUCAAUUUGCAAAUGCAGAGACUCGUUGAGUCUGAGUCUGAGGCGACAAAAAUAGUCGUGAAGGAGAAAAUGGAAGAGGAUGUAGAGGGGCAGCCUGGAAAGUUGAAUUUGGUGAGCGUGGUGGACGUUCUGACUCAGAUGCUCCUUCACAACUCAGUGCACACUAAGAUCGCGGCGCUUGAUUGGAUUCUUCACCUCUACGACAAAAUGCCAGCCGAGAUGAGCCGCGAAACUGAACGCGUGUUCAACCCGGCUUUGGGCGCUCUAACGGAUAGCUCACAUGAGGUGGUAAGGCGCGCCAUUGCCCUAUUGGCCGAGACCUGCACUUGCGACCCCACGGCGCCCCCAGUUACUGACGCAUCCCAAACGCCCGCAAGCAACCUUGAAUCGAGCCCUUACUACCACAAGUUCUUGAAAGCGCUUCUGCGGUUGCUAUCCACCGACGAAAGCCUGCUGGAGGAGAGAGGAUCAUUCAUAAUCCGGCAACUCUGCGUGGUACUGCCAGCAGAGGCAGUACUAGCGGCGUUGGCGGGUGCACUAGCGGCGGAACGCGAGUUGCGUUUUGCUGCGCGUCUGGUGGACGUCUUGUCCGCCAUUCUGCUCACGGCGCCAGAGUUGCACGCCACCCGACGCCGCCUGCGCUCUUUCGCUGACACUAGCACACACGCGCUCUUCCAGUCCCUGUAUCGAUGUUGGGCGCACUCGGGUGUUGCCUUAGUGGCGCUAUGUUUGCUCACACACAACUACCGACAUUGCACACAGCUCAUCGCCACCUUUGGAGACUUGGAGAUAACCGUGGAGUUCCUCACUGAGAUCGACAAACUCGUGCAGCUUAUUGAAUCUCCCAUAUUUGCAUAUUUACGGCUGGAGCUGCUGAGCGGUGAGCAAAGCACAGAGCUUCGGGGAGCGUUGUACGGGCUGCUAAUGAUACUUCCCCAAACAACCGCCUUCCACGCGUUGCGGCAUCGUCUCCAGGCGGCGCCACCUCCGCUACCGGCAUUACUACCGUCAUCCACGCAACAUGCUGUACCCGUGAUUGACUUCGAAGAGUUGCUAGCUCACUUUCAGCGUGUACAGGCCGCACACCGCGCCUACCGCUUAGCCGAUCGCCGCUAUCUUUAG